AUGGACUUGUUCACAUUUUGGAUUAAGAAAGCAUAGACUUUUGGUUUUCUCUCAUAUUCUCUGCUCUGUUCUAUAAAGAUAAUGAAUAAAAUGGUUGUGAUGAUGGAUGUUUAUAACGAGAGAUCCAAGGGGAGAAUCAUUAGAACCGUUGCUAACUUCCAUGGGGUUACAACGAUUACCAUGGACUCAAAGGAUGGAAAACUAACGGUGAUUGGAGACUUUGACAGCAGUAAGAUCCUCACCAAACUCAAAAGGAGAUGGAUUAAUGCUGACAUGGCCACAUUUGGACCUUAUGAUCCCAAAAAAGAAGCCGCUGCUGUAGAGAAGAAGAGGAUGAAAGAAAGGGAACGUGAGAGGUUGUUGGAGGCUUCCCGUGGAAACUAUUGUCUUUGUGGUCCUACUACGCAGCAUCAGAUUUGUGUAUGCAAUCAGGAACCUUACCACCAAGGCUGCAUAAUCUCCUAAGAGUUUCAGGUGAAUAAAAAACAUAUGGUUAUAACCUUUAUUAUUUGUUAGAAUUGGAUUUCGAAAAAGUGUUUCAAAGGACGCGUACUGAUAUUUCAAUAUUAAUUUAGCUGUGUUGUG